GAGAGAAAGGCCGAGACAGAAGGAGCGAGAGGCGGCCGAGGGGCUGGUCCAGGCGCGGCCGCUAAGAGGAGACCAAGAGGCGGGGGCUGCACUUGACAACCAGCAUGCGGAGAUGUCAGAAGAGGCAGAAGUGGAUGUGAGAGAAAGAGAGACACAGAGAGACAGAGAGCCAAAGAGGGCAAGAGACUUGACUCUAAGAGACUCCUGUACUGACAACUCCAUGCAGUUCGGAACCAGAACGACUACGGCUGAACCAGGGUUCAUGGGGACAUGGCAAAACGCUGAUACUAACCUCUUAUUCAGAAUGUCCCAACAGGUUCCAGUGGCAUGUGCUGGCAGAGUGCUGGGUGCAGACUUUUGCCCAAACCUGGAGGAGCCAGACCAGAGGCUGGAAGUCCAGGCCAUUCGUUGCACACUGGUAAACUGCACAUGUGAAUGUUUUCAGCCAGGGAAGAUUAACCUGAGGACUUGCGAUCAGUGUAAACAUGGCUGGGUGGCACAUGCCUUGGAUAAGCUCAGCACACAACACCUGUACCACCCCACCCAGGUGGAGAUUGUGCAGUCCAACGUGGUGUUUGACAUCAGCAGCCUAAUGCUCUAUGGGACACAAGCUGUACCUGUGCGGCUAAAGAUCCUGCUGGACCGUCUCUUCAGUGUCCUGAAGCAAGAGGAGGUGCUGCACAUCCUGCACGGCCUGGGCUGGACACUGCGGGACUACGUCCGGGGGUACAUACUUCAGGAUGCUGCCGGCAAGGUGCUGGACCGCUGGGCCAUCAUGUCUCGAGAAGAGGAAAUCAUCACCCUUCAGCAGUUUCUACGGUUUGGAGAAACCAAAUCCAUCGUGGAGCUGAUGGCAAUUCAGGAGAAAGAAGGGCAGGCUGUAGCUGUACCAUCUUCAAAGACAGACUCAGACAUAAGGACUUUCAUAGAGAGCAAUAAUCGCACCAGGAGUCCCAGCCUUCUUGCUCACCUAGAGAACAGCAACCCUUCCAGCAUCCAUCACUUCGAAAACAUCCCGAACAGCCUUGCAUUUCUGCUUCCAUUCCAGUACAUAAACCCAGUCUCAGCCCCACUGCUAGGAUUGCCUCCCAACGGGCUACUCUUAGAACAACCAGGACUGAGACUGCGGGAACCUAGCCUUUCAACCCAGAAUGAAUAUAAUGAGAGCAGUGAAUCUGAAGUCUCUCCCACACCUUAUAAGAAUGAUCAGACACCCAAUAGAAAUGCCCUGACCAGCAUUACUAAUGUGGAGCCCAAAACCGAGCCAACCUGUGUGUCCCCCAUUCAGAAUUCUGCCCCAGUUAGUGAUCUGACCAAAACUGAACACCCAAAAAGUUCAUUCCGGAUUCAUCGAAUGAGAAGGAUGGGAUCAGCCUCCAGGAAAGGAAGAGUGUUCUGUAAUGCAUGUGGGAAGACAUUCUAUGACAAAGGUACUCUCAAAAUUCAUUAUAACGCUGUUCACCUGAAGAUAAAACAUCGUUGCACCAUUGAAGGCUGCAACAUGGUAUUUAGCUCCCUCCGAAGCCGUAACCGCCACAGUGCAAAUCCUAACCCUCGUCUUCACAUGCCUAUGCUAAGGAACAACAGAGACAAAGAUUUGAUUCGGGCCACAUCAGGAGCUGCCACCCCAGUCAUAGCAAGUACAAAAUCAAAUCUCACACUCACGAGCCCCGGCAGGCCCCCAAUGGGUUUUACCACUCCUCCACUAGACCCUGUCUUACAGAAUCCUCUCCCUAGUCAGCUGGUAUUCUCUGGGCUAAAGACUGUCCAACCAGUUCCUCCAUUUUAUAGAAGUUUACUCACUCCAGGGGAAAUGGUGAGUCCUCCAACCUCUCUCCCAACCAGUCCCAUCAUUCCAACCAGUGGUGCCAUAGAACAGCAUCCCCCACCACCCUCUGAGCCAGCAGCACCAGUAGUGAUGAUGGCUACUCAUGAGCCCAGUGCUGACCUGGCACCUAAGAAGAAACCCCGAAAGUCCAGCAUGCCUGUGAAGAUAGAGAAGGAAAUUAUUGACACUGCUGAUGAGUUUGAUGAUGAAGAUGAUGAUCCCAACGAUGGUGGAGCUGUGGUCAACGACAUGAGCCAUGACAAUCAUUGCCACUCCCAAGAGGAGAUGAGUCCAGGCAUGUCUGUGAAAGACUUUUCUAAGCAUAGUAGAACUCGGUGUAUUUCAAGGACUGAAAUAAGAAGGGCUGAUAGCAUGACUUCUGAGGACCAAGAACCUGAGCGGGAUUAUGAGAAUGAGUCUGAGUCUUCAGAGCCCAAAUUAGGUGAGGAGUCCAUGGAAGGGGAUGAGCACCUCCACAGUGAAGUGAGUGAGAAAGUCCUGAUGGGCAGUGAGAGGCCUGAUGAGAACCACAGUGAUCCCUCUCACCAGGAUGUCAUCAAAGUAAAGGAAGAAUUUACAGAUCCAACCUAUGACAUGUUUUACAUGAGCCAGUACGGACUGUACAAUGGUGGGGGUGCUGGCAUGGCAGCCCUGCAUGAAAGUUUCACGUCGUCUCUGAAUUACGGCAGCCCUCAGAAGUUCUCCCCAGAAGGUGACCUGUGUUCUAGCCCGGACCCCAAAAUCUGUUAUGUGUGCAAGAAGAGUUUCAAAAGCUCCUACAGUGUGAAGCUUCACUACAGGAAUGUUCACUUAAAAGAGAUGCACGUGUGCACGGUGGCUGGCUGCAAUGCUGCCUUUCCCUCUCGUCGAAGCAGAGACAGACACAGUGCCAACAUAAAUCUGCAUCGUAAACUGUUGACCAAAGAACUCGAUGACAUGGGCCUGGACUCAGCGCAGCCCUCCCUGAGCAAGGACCUCCGGGAUGAAUUUUUGAUGAAGAUCUAUGGUGCCCAGCACCCCUUAGGGCUCGAUGUCCGGGAAGACGCUUCCUCUCCCGCAGGGACUGAAGACUCCCACCUGAAUGGGUACGGGAGAGGCAUGGCGGAGGACUACAUGGUUCUUGACCUGAGCACCACCUCCAGCCUCCAGUCCAGCAGCAGCAUCCAUUCCUCCAGAGAAUCCGACGCCGGCAGUGACGAGGGGAUUCUUCUCGAUGACAUUGACGGGGCGAGUGACAGUGGGGAGUCGGCACACAAGGCCGAAGCCCCCGCCCUCCCAGGCAGCCUCGGGGCUGAAGUUUCAGGAUCUCUGAUGUUCAACAGCUUGUCUGGGAGCAAUGGUGGGAUCAUGUGCAACAUUUGCCACAAAAUGUACAGCAACAAGGGGACCUUGAGAGUGCAUUACAAAACAGUGCAUUUGCGAGAAAUGCACAAGUGCAAAGUCCCCGGUUGCAAUAUGAUGUUUUCCUCUGUGCGAAGCCGGAAUCGGCACAGUCAGAACCCUAAUCUCCACAAAAACAUUCCCUUCACUUCAGUAGAUUAGUCUCAGAAUGGACACUACAGAUGCCAGCUCUCACCAGAUGGCCUACAUAUUUGAACUGCCAUAGUCAGUGUGUACUUGUGUACUUGAGUGUGUGUGUAUGUUUUGUGUGUGUAUACACAUGUAUGCCUCUUUGUCUGCAUCUAUACACACACAGAUUUC